CAGGGGUGAAGCGGUGCGUCCACUUCUCGGGCUGCUGCUCAAACUCCUCCUUGUGCCAGACCGUCGGGCCUGAUAUCUCCUUGGGGAACUCGGCGUAGGGCUUGAGAGCGUCGUAGAGGGGGUUGUGCUGUCCCGAUGUGCGGAUGCCGUCGGGGAAGAUGUUUCUGGGGGCAUCGUCGUUCUUGCCCUUCCAGGGACCCUGAGAAGGCUGGACGGGCUCGUCAAUGAGAGCACCUGGGGCCAUUGUGAUGAAGAUUCAAGGGGUAUCAAUUGAGAGAAAUGAAAAGGUGUUGAGGUGAGGUAUCAGAAUGAGGUCUCAAAAUGAGGGGAAGUGGCAGAUGAGACGGAUUUAUAUCACAAAGACUGAAAUUGGAGAAGGGGAUAAAGGUUCUGCAACGGGGAGAGAGAGGUUUUAUCUGAUCUACCCCUCAUUAUACAUCACUGAUAUUUACUGUGUAAGGUACUCACAAUUGAACAGGCACAAUGUAACAAUGCUACAACCGUCUGGCCGGGAAUUGAUGGUGUCGAGCUCUCAUCUACAGAUUGCGUGCUUGGGCCCCCCCAUAUCGCAAUGGCCGUCCGAUGACGCGAGACACUCCUGCUGUGGGGCCCGCCGAUCGGGGGUUCAACUUCCAUCAACAUGGACGACAACGUGGGACCCCGCGCCCCAAAACCUCCGGGCCUUUGACUGCCGACCGCUUGGAACCGGUACGCAUUGUGUCUCUUCAGUGUUACCGUUCUCCCAAACAAACUUUUCCUGCUCCGCUGUCAUAUCCUUGCUCUCCUCUUUAACCGACAUUUUCUCUCUCGAUUGCGUGAUUGUCUCUUCUCUCGAAUGCCUCCCAGGAAUCAGGGCUCCGGACUCGACACCCUCGGUUUCCGGCUGCUCCCGCAGUGCUCCCACAGGAACCGACAACGGCGGCGUGGUUCACUGGUUCUCACUUCUCAGUUAACCCCUCUUCCUCUCCUCUGCCAACCUGGCAGAGGUUCGGUAACUUUGACGGUGCGGCGCUGAAAGUUCCGACGACUUGGAGACGACCCCAACACACCAUCUUCCUCUGGCCCCUAGUCCGAGUUGCGUUAUCACACCCCGGCGCGAAAUGCAACGGUUUGACGAUCGUAACCCUGUCGAU